AUUUUCUGUUUACGCGUAGCGAGCUGAGAACAGCAGCAGCGGCCGAGGCAGCGUUACGGCGCACCGUGGAGCGUGAGGCAACAAACAAGCGAAUGCACCUCAUCGGCGGACGUACCGCCUUCGAAUUCGCAGUUGAGACGCGAUAAGUGAGUGCCGGCCGACAACUUGAACGGCGCGUGCGAGCAUGGAUUCAAACGGGAAGGCAGCGACGCCGAAGAAAGACAGCAGGCGUCCCGCCUAGUGGCUCCGAGCCGGUCACACCGAAAGCUGGACAAGCGUCAACGACUGACGGACAGAGCAUGGCAUCAUUUGUGAUGAAGAGCACACUGUCCCCCGAGGCUCCGGUGUUUGUCCCGCGGCACUUCAAAGUUCCUGUACCCGAACCCUACCCGAUGUCGCCGCCUUCACAGGAUUCGACUCGAUAUGCAAUUGUGGAAUUGAUGAGCUUCAUCGAAGACGUAACCCUUUGCCCUGGUGAGUUUGACUCGAAGAUAGGGGACCUCACGAGAGCAUUGGGUAGCGUCACAGAUGCCGACGGUCUCAUACAAGUCGUCGACACAAUCUUCCAACAGGGCAUCAAGGAGCCAAACUUUCGGUAUAGCGGGGCUCGGCUCUGCAACCAUCUGGGCAGCAACCUCAGCGUUCGAGGCCUCGACGAUGGUCAGUUCACAAACCUGCUUCUUGACCGGUGCCAUGCAGAAUGCUUGAAGCGAAAUGACCUUGCGUCCGGUGACUUUGGUGAUGCCUACUUGAGGGGUCUGCUGCUCUUCAUAGCCGAGCUCUUCUCACAGAUGGUGUUCCUUCGGGACGACUACUCCUACAAGGUCAAGCACAUAGCCGGUUGCAUCCCGAAUAUGAUGCACACCCUCUUGCAGACACCGACAAAGGACAACAUCAAGUGCACUAUCCAAGUACUGAAGCUUACAGGACACAGCUUGGAGGACUUCGGUAAUUUGGAACCCGGCAGUACCGAUGGGUCCAUAUUGGACAGCGUGUUUGACAAGCUCAGGGAGAUCGUGCAGAAGCCUGACAUUGAUGCGACUGCGUCGUUGAUGAUUAAAAAUGUCCUGGAUCUCCGCGAGAAGAACUGGGGCCGAUCGUCUUCCUCCUCGAGCUCGCCUUCCGGAUGUCCAUCCGAAGAGAACCUCCCGAUCACAUGUGGUCCUGACGGCGUGCCGUUCUCCAGAGAAGAGGAGAACUUUGUUCAAGAGCUGCUUCUAGAAGAACAGAUGGGCAGCCUCGAACUCUCAGAUGGCAGCGGCAUGUACUCGAAUGACUGCGGCAACGACGAAAUGGAUGAUGAGGUUGCGGCGGCCUACGAAGAAUUCCUCAAGGAAUCGGGACGAUGAACUUUUGUAUCUUGACACGCAGGGGAGGGCUCCGGGGUGGGUUGGCCAACGAGUGGGAGGGGAGUGCGUUAGGGGCUGUUUUUUCUUACGUGUUCAUUUUGUGGGCUGUCAUUUUUUUAUAUAAUAUUUUUUUUGCGGAGUGGGGACUGCAGUGUGGUGCCACCUUGCCCAUAUUUUUUUUUAUUGCGUUUGUAUGUUGGCAAGGCCUUUUUUUCUGUUACCUCAGCUUAUGUGUUUUGUUUGUUUUUUUUCGUCACAUACGUCACCUGCGCAUCUUACAUGUUACAAUGCAGUUCAGGCCAUCGAAUGUAAUGCAACAAGCGCUUGUACAUUCUCGACGCACAAAGUGCUGUUUUUUGGACGAGACUAUCCAUUGAAUAAUAAACAGAGAAGACGUUUUGCAGGAA